CUCUACCUUGGUUUGGUUGGAUUUUGAAAAGUUCAACAUGAACUCUCGUUGUGCAGCUUGUAUCCACUUUAGGAGAAGAUGCAGUCCAGGUUGCAUUUUUGCACCUCAUUUUCCUUCUACCGAACCAGACAAAUUUGAAGUGUUGCACAGACAUUUUGGUGCCAGAAAUGUAGCAAAAUUCCUUAAGAAAGUUGAAGAUAAUGAUGAACGAGCUCAAGCAAUAGAGUCAAUGUAUUUUGAGGCUCUAACCAGGCGUGAGGAUCCAGUUCAUGGGUGUUCUGGGCUCAUAGCUCAACUAGAACAGCAAAUAAGUGAGACAGAAGCUCAGAUUGCAAGGACCCAUGAAGCCAUCGCAUUCUAUGCCCACCAAGCAGAUCAAGGGAAGCAACCACAGCAGUCUAAAGCCUCUAACUCCAAAAGUCACAAAUCUGAGGAACCAAAAGCCUUUAGCUCCAAAAGUCACCAAUCUCAGCAGUCUAAAGCCUCUAGCUCCAAAAGUCCAUGAACACCUCCCAUGGUGAUCAUCAAAGAGUCUUCUGUGUUUGAAUCCGAACUCAUCAGUUUAAGUAGCUUAGUGUCCUUGGUCUGGUGUUGCUUUAGUAUAAUAAAUUAAGUUGACCAUUGUGUCAGCAGCAACCAUGUUCAAUAUUAAUUCUCUAUUCCGCAAA